GUGGCUGUGAUUUAUAAUGUUUGACAGCCGCACGUAAAAAUUGCGAUUCGCAAUUUGCGAAAUGCGAAUUGAGAUUUUAUAUAUAACAAACAAACUAAGAUAACAAAAUACAGAAUCGCAGAAAAACACUGGAAGAAUCGAGGAGCAACAAAUACUUUUCGUAUAACGAGUUAUAUUUCAUUUAAACCUUGAAAAAAUGUCGCAAAUCGAUGCAUCAUCAUCAGAUGAAGAAUCUUUGAAGAGUAUUUAUGAUACCGCUAUGAAAUUGUUUAAUAAAAUUGAAACUGGAAACGAAGCAACUAAUAGUGAUGCAGCACAGAUGACACUUAAAACAACAAUAUCUAAGUUUGAGAAGGCAACAAACUUAGUUUCUCUCUCAGGAAUGUUCAGUAAGAAUGAAUCAUUAGAUGAGCUUCCAACAGAAACACUGCAGUACCUACUCUUACCUGCGCUUCUUGGAACAUUGACUUUAAAGUUGUGCAAUCAACCUAGAAAGGAGAUUAUAACUGUAGCUGAGAUAUAUUUUAGAGAUUUUUUACAAAGGUGCAAAGACUAUGGCGUGACAGAUGUGGAAGUGGCUCAGCCAAGUGCUAAUGAAGAUAACACUGUGUCGAGGCCACAGAGUGAACAAGCCAAAAUUGCUUCAAUGGUACUCACAAGGGAAGCAAAAAUAAAGAGGUACAAGGAAAUGAAAGAACUAAAAGAGAAAUUAGGCACUCUGUCCAAAGCUAUGGAGUCACCAAAUGUAGAUGAUCAGACUAAAAGGGAAUACUUUACGACGUUAUUGUUGAAUUACGUGAAUCAAGCUGUUGAGGAACUUAGCAGUAUUGAGCAGGAGAAGCCGAUUUUAGAGUAUAUGGCUAAACAUGCGGGAGAACUAAAGCCAAGCCAACGCGAGCGAGCACCAGUGCUCAAGCCGGUUAUUAUAACUCGAGACGCAUUACAAAAGGCAGUGUAUGGGGCCGGUUACCCAUCACUUCCUACGUUCACUGUAGAGGAGUUUUAUGAUAAACGAGUGCGGGAGGGCACUUUCCCCGCGGCUUCAAACAUCCCACAUACAAAGAUACAGAGCUCAGAAGCCGAUGCAGAUGAGGCCGAGGAAGUUAAAAAGGAGCGACUCGAAGAAGACGAUGAUCCCGAAGAGUUAGCAAGAAAACGCAACAUGGAUGAAUAUAAAGAUGACCAUCGCAGAGGUUGGGGAAACAGAUACAACAGAAGUUAAUUGGACCACAGACUGCAUAGAAUUUUCGAACCACAGAUGAUAUACGACAUUUAGACCUGUCAAACCAUAGACAGUAUAAGAGCUGUCAAAUCACAGACUAAAUAUUGCGCUGAAGAUUACCUACUUCUUUUAUUGUGAAAAAUGUAUUUACUAGUCACGCCUUAUACUUACUCAAUAUACUUUGAGUCGGUUAUUUGUAUUGUACGGUGGAUAAUUGUAAUUCAAUGUAAUAAAUUAUAUACUGAUUUA